AUGAUUUGGAGUGACCAUCAUGCAAAGGAAAAUAUUAACUGUACAACUACAGAUACAAUUCCAACGCCAGUUAACUACUGCUAUCUUCAGGAAUCAAAUAUAUCAACACCGAAAAGAAAUAUUGAACAACUAAAUAGAUCAAAUGAACAUAGAAAGAAGAUUCGUCAUGAUGAAAUAGCUGCAGAUAAACAUCAACAUCAUCAAAAUAUUAUAACAAUUGAUCAAGGCUAUAAGACGUUAGAUACACCAAAUGCACAACCAAGUAAAACUCAUGCACUACCUUUCGAGCAGCUAAAAAGAGCUGUAGGUCACAAUCUACCUUGUUUCUUAAUCGACUUCGACAACAAUAUAGCUCCACGGCAGCUGCAAUCGGCAAUUAUUGCGUGUGAUAUGAUUCAAGACCACUUUAUAAAAAACAAACUCUCUAUAAAUGAUUUCUCAGUUGCUUCAUUUAUUGGCCAUCGAUUGAAAUUAGGUGUCAACAACAUGGCAGAUUAUUCUAAACUUAUUCGUACCGACAAAUGGCCAUCAACAAUAAAUGGAAAGAAAGUUUCGAUAGUAAAACCGAAAUUUGUUCCUGAAUGUUUUACUCUCGUAGUACGUUAUGUUCCACGACAAGUCUCAAUUGGUUUAGUUACUGAAGAAAUAAAACGGUCAAUUAGCUCGGCAGACAAUUUUAAGCAAAUAAUAUAUUCCUUUAAUCGUCCGACAAACGAUUAUAGAUUUACAGUUGCUGAUCUAACAGAAUUUGAAAGCGCUUUAAAAUUUGGUCGGUUGUAUAUUGCAAACAGAUUUCAUCCAAUCACUCAGUAUCUGCUCUGGUAUAUCACAAUGUUCUCAAUAUGGACUGAAUCACCACUCUCUUGA